AUGACAGUCCCGCAGAAGGUUUUUCGCAUCGCCAAUGAACUUCUCCAAACGGAAAAGGCCUACGUGUCCCGUCUGUAUCUGCUGGACCAGGUCUUCUGUGCCCGUCUGCUGGAAGAAGCACGCAGCCGAAACUCCUUCCCGGUUGAAGUGGUGAUGGGCAUUUUUGCCAACAUCUGCUCCAUCUACUGCUUCCACCAGCAGUUCCUGCUCCCAGAAUUGGAGAAGCGUAUGGAGGAAUGCCGUGAGGAUAUAGAAUCCCUGGAACUCAUUGCCACGGCAGCCGAGCACUCGAACGCCGCCAUCCGCAAAAUGGAAAGAAUGCACUCAUUGCUCAAGGUUUAUGAACUGCUCGGAGGCGAGGAAGAUAUUGUGAAUCCCACCAAUGAGCUCAUCAAGGAGGGCCACAUUUUGAAGCUUUCGGCUAAGAAUGGUACCACGCAGGACCGCUACCUGAUCCUGUUCAAUGACCGUUUGCUGUAUUGUGUGCCAAAGCUGCGUCUCAUUGGACAGAAGUUUGGAGUCCGUGCUCGGAUAGACGUGGACGGGAUGGAGUUGAAAGAGACCAGCAGCCUCAACGUGCCCCGGACCUUUCUUGUAUCGGGGAAGCAGCGAUCCCUCGAGCUCCAGGCCAGGACCGAAGAGGAGAAGCGAGAUUGGAUCCAGGCGAUCCAGGCGACGAUCCAGAAGCACGAGCAGACGCUGGAGACGUUCAAGCAGCUGAUCAGCGAGGACGAGACGCCACCCAAUUCGCCGGGGUGUGAGCUGGGACGACGGGCCCCCACGCCGAUCCGGGAGAAGGAGGUGACCAUGUGCAUGCAGUGCAAGGAGCCCUUCAACGCCCUCACCAAGCGGAGACACCAUUGCCGGGCGUGUGGCCAUGGCUCUCCUGCCAGUCCCGCCCCGCACCCCAAUACGCCUCAGCGCCGGAGAUCCAUUCUGGAGAAACAGGCUUCUGUGGUGGCAGAGAACAGUGUGAUCUGCAGCUUCUUGCACUACAUGGAGAAAGGAGGGAAAGCCUGGCACAAGGGCUGGUUUGUCAUCCCCGAAAACGAGCCCCUCGUGCUCUACAUCUAUGGAGCCCCACAGGAUGUGAAGGCCCAGCGUUCGAUGCCUCUGAUUGGCUUCGAGGUGAACCUCCCCGAACCCGGGGAGCGGGUGGAUCGCCGCCAUGCCUUCCGGAUCAGCCAGAGCCACCUGUGCUGGUAUUUCAGCCCCGAGACCGAGGAGCUAAGACAGCGAUGGAUGGAGGUGCUGAGCCGAGCGGGCCGCGGAGAAGAAGGCAAGGGGCCCCCUUCCAUCCUCGAGGCAGACGAAGAUACGGAGGCGGAGGCAACCUGACAGGGGAGGCUGGGGGGAUUCGGAAGGACUGACUCUGACUGCCCCGGGGGCCCGCUCCCCAUUCUCUGACCAGGAUACUUGAACGCUUUUCUCUCUCCAGCACUUUCUCCCCUUUGUCAGCAUUAUCAUGGGUCCCCCUCCUGCCUCUUUCCCGUAAGGACCUGUACUUAGCCACGAUAUUCCCUGCCACCGAUCGCUGCAGAAGCCGUGUACCUGCGCUGAGAUUGCUGGGGGAUGAUCUGGAUUCCUCGCCUGAUUUGGGGUCAGCAAAACCACCCUCUGGCUGCUUCCACACGGAAGGAUGCUCCACACAACUAUUGUCGCCACAGCCGGUGCACAGGCGUGUGCGUUAGUGAUGGAGCUUCUAUCAAUGGGAAUCUUCUCUGCAUUUCUCAGUCUCUUUUUCUGGCUUUUCCCAUCCACACAU